AAGCGGUUAGUUUGCAGACAUAAAAGAGGAGAACACUGAUAUUUUAACGGCAUUGUGCAAGAACUUUUGGUGAGGAUAACACGUUCACGAUGAAGUUGGAGUUAAUUUUUUGUGCAAUCUGUGUAAUUGGCUCAAGAGCCGCUAAUUUACCAUCAUAUAUUACGCCAUGCUCGAGGAGCCUGGCUAUCAACGAGCUGACGGAAUGCGUUACGACGGAGGCUCGAAGGAUACAACCUGAGUUCGCAAAGGGCAUACCAGAGUUUGGUCUAGAACCCAUCGACCCUCUGCCGCUCGAUGACAUAGUAGCCAAUGCGGGAACGUUCAUCAUAAGGAGCAAAAACUUACUUUUGAAAGGUUUGAAGAAAAUGGAGAUUCGUGAAGUCAAAUUUAACUUGGAAAAAAACACCGGAUCCAUGAAGCUGUUUGGCAACAUGACCUUCGUGGGUGACUACGAGACCGAUGGCGCUAUCGUCCUCAUACCUAUCAAAGGAAAUGGGAAAAUUUCUGUAAAAUGCUUGGAUACCAACAUCCUAAUCAAGUACAAGCUCAGGAAAAUCAAGGACCCCAACGGAGUGGACCACCUUGAGACGUACGAUAUCAAGCAGAGUGAGCAAUAUGGGCGUGUGGUGUUCCAUCUUACCAACUUACCGGGUGGAGAAGCUAUCGGAAACACGAUAAACCAGGUGAUGAAUGACAACUGGAAGGACCUGAUCAAGCAGCUAGGCCCGCCGUACACCAAGGCGACUGCCAACAAGGUCCACGAACUUAUUAACAAGCUUUAUUCUAAUGUUCCAUUUGACCAACUCUUCGCGUUAUAAGUUAAUUAGCAAUAUUCGCAUUAAGGUGCGUCCAGAUGUGUCGAAUGCGAGCCUCCAUUCACAAUUCGCUCUCACCCGUGCGAAAAGAAAAGUCGUCUAAUAUAAGGGAAUACAUUCUAUGACUCUUCUCUUUCCGCACAGACUCUACACGCGCUGUUCUUUGUAACGUUUUUUGCGAAAGGUUUGUACGCGUAAGUCGCGUAACGCGCUAAUGCUAACUAGCGCAUUCGCGGUGCGUUCCCCAGAUGGGGACGCGUCUGUGUCGCUGUGGCAGUUAAUGUUAAGUCCAUGUGAUUUAGUACAUAAGUAUUAUGUAAGUAAAUUGUAACUAAGUAAUAUUUUGUAUAGUUUUAUUACCCAUUCUAAUUAAUUGUUAAUUUUAUAAAUAGUAUAUAAGUCACUACUGGGCUGAACCCUAAUACAAGGAUGUCGUGACUACAGCUCGCGUUUUACAGAGGCGAGUAUAAUAAGGAUUUUAAGAUAUUUUACAACUUCCAAAAGGUGCAUUUAUUUCGAUUGAUUCAUUCAUUUAAUUAUAGAUAAUUUUCAGCAAUUAUUGAAACCACUUCUAAAGUAGAAAACGUCGGCCGGAAAAAUCGAUACCUAGAGAUUUGUUAAAAAAUCAUUUCCAUACAUUAUACUAAAUAAUUACUAUUAAGAUAUUUUUUGCUCUGUGUACAAUUUUA